AUGCAGGACAAGCCUUGGGUUGCUCUAUUGAGGGCGGAGUAUUUGAGGAAUGAGGGAGUUUUAGAUGACCCUGUCCCUUGCAAUGCUUCUCAUGUUUGGAAGAGUAUCUCAAAGGCUUUUGGUGCUCUUAAGGAUGCCUUCUCUUGUUGGCUAGCCAAAAGAAAGUUUGACUGGAACGAGCAUGAUAAUUGGUUGUGGGUAUGGCGACUGCAUAUUCCUGAGAAGUACAAGUUCUUGAUUUGGCUCAGUCUUCAUAAUGCUAUUCCUGCGACAGAGUUUCGUUUGGGUCGUGGUUUAGUUUUAUCUAGCACUUGUCAUCGGUGUCAGAAUGGUUAUGAAUCCAUUCUUCAUUGUCUUCGGGAGUGCCCUAGUGCCAAGGAGGUCUGGAACCUUUUAGGCAUGUAUUCAGAUAACUCGAAUUUACAUGAUUGGCUCUAUAGAGGUGCAAGGAGUGGAGAUAUUUUUCUUUUCUUUUCGACCAUCUGGUGGAUUUGGAGAAGCAAGAAUCAUGACUUAUUUAAUAUAGAUGAUUCAUGGAGUGCUAGUAAAAUGGUGAGUUUGAUUCGUAGUUUAGUAAGGGAAUUUCACACUAUUUUUGCUAUGCAUCAAUCUAUGUCUCCUCCUUCACUUUGUUUGCAUUGGGUUCCGCCUCCAGUUCAUUCUGUUAAAUUGAAUUGUGAUGCUAGUUGGUUUGCUCCUUUUGGCUAUGCUGGUUUUGGUUGUAUCAUUCGCAAUCCUGAUGGAUGUUGGUUGAAAGGUUGCACGGGGAAAGUCGAAGUGUGCAGUGUUCUUUUUGCUGAAUUGUAUGCAAUUUGGAGAGGUUUACUUCUUGCUUGGGAGAGUGGAUUUCGUGAGGUUAUUUGUGAAACAGACUGUUUAGAAUCUCUUUUCUUGGUAAACUAA